ACCAAACACACCCAAGUAUUUUCCUUUCCCAUCCAUGAUUCUACGAUUCAUAUGAAGCCGCGAAAUUCAAGUACAAUAUCUUGGUGCGAAUAGGAUAUCCCCGUCAUCCCAUUCACAAAACUACACUUGGGUGUGAGCCAAGAUGUAUCUCGGAGCUCGAACAUUCCAAUGCUCGUUUCCAGUUCAAAACGGAAUCCCCAGAUUGAAACGAAGCGUCCUCAUCGACUGCCCUUUGAAUUGUUCCCGCGGUUCUCCCACCCCGUUACCGACCCGAUUCCGUGCUCGCCAAACCCGACUGAUCACCGCUUGCAUCAGUCACAGUCGCGAUAUACUUCACGAAGACGUCAAUGAGUCCGAGAAGUCAACGCAGAGUGUAGAAAGCAGUCAAAGCACAGUCUCGGUUUCAGGAAUGGGAGAAGAGGAAGCAGAAAAAGGAAUGCAGAUUGGAGAAACACUCAAAAGUAUAGUGUCUAAGACUGAUAUACAAGAAUUUUCAGCGGAUGAGAGUAUUUGGAGCCAAAUCGUGGAGAUUGUGAAGUUUUCUGGUCCGGCCGUGGGGCUAUGGUUGUGCGGGCCAUUGAUGAGCCUCAUUGACACUGCCGUCAUUGGCCAAGGAAGCUCCAUUGAACUAGCCGCAUUAGGACCAGGGACUGUGUUUUGCGAUAAUACAAGUUAUCUUUUUAUGUUUCUUUCUAUUGCUACUUCAAAUUUGGUUGCUACUGCUCUAGCUAGACAGGAUAAAAGUGAAGUUCAACACCAAAUAUCCACUUUGCUUUUUAUUGCAUUGACAUGUGGUGUUUUAAUGCUUUUCUUUACAAUAUUAUUCGGUCCAUGGGGUCUAACUGCUUUUACGGGGGCAAGGAAUGCAGAAAUUAUAACUGCAGCAAAUACAUAUGUUCAGAUUCGAGGGCUAGCAUGGCCAGCAAUACUAGUUGGAUUGGUCACCCAAAGUGCAAGUCUAGGCAUGAAAGAUUCGUGGGGACCUUUGAAAGCUUUAGCAGCUGCCAGUGUUAUUAAUGGUGUUGGAGACAUAGUUCUGUGUAGAUUUUUCAAUUAUGGAAUUGCAGGAGCAGCAUGGGCAACAAUGGUGUCACAAGUGGUUGCUGCUUAUAUGAUGAUUGAAGCUCUGAACCUGAAAGGGUAUAACGGUUUUGCAGUCUCUAUUCCUUCGUACAAGGAACUUCAGCAGAUAUUCGUGCUUGCAGGCCCAGUGUUCAUAACAAUGAUGUCAAAGGUGGCUUUUUACUCUUUACUUGUCUAUUGCAUUACAUCAAUGGGCACACACGUACUUGCUGGCCAUCAGGUUAUGAUACAAUUAUUCUGCUUGUGUGCUGUAUGGAGUGAGCCUCUCUCUCAGACAGCACAGUCAUUUAUGCCUGAGCUGAUAUAUGGAGUUAAUCGAAAUUUAUCCAAGGCUCAGAUGUUGUUGAAGUCACUGUUGAUUAUUGCUGCAAUAAAUGGAUUCUUAUUGGCAUGUAUUGGAACCUCAAUUCCCUGGUUGUUCCCCAAAGUAUUCUCACCCGACCCUGCGGUCAUUCGAGAGAUGCAGAGUGUGUUGAUACCAUACUUCCUUGCACUUUGUGUGUCGCCCAGUGUCCACAGCCUUGAGGGAACAUUAUUGGCUGGACGAGAUUUGAAAUUCAUUAGUGCAUCAAUGUCUGGACUCUUUGGUUUGGUUUCUCUUCUCCUCUUGCUAUUGAGCAGAAAAGGGUUCGGUUUGGCAGGAUGUUGGUUUACACUUGUUGCAUUUCAAUGGUCUCGAUAUGCUGUUGCUCUAAGACGCCUAACCUCACCUAAUGGAAUGCUUUAUUCUGAAGAUUCAACUUAUUAUGAGGUGGAUAAGUUGAAAGCCGUAUAGUAAUAUGGCUCUUUUUACCUCGUUUCUAAACCGUGAUAUAGGUAAAAUGUGAUAAAUUAUAGGUUAUAGAAGUGGAUUAGCAAAUACAUUUCAUUUUCUGUAACCAGUUGAUUUUCAUGCAAAAGCUAUUAUAGGCAUGAAACAAAGAAGUGUAUGUAUGAGAAGAAACAUGGAACA